AUGCAAUUUGGAGAUGCAGAGGGGCAAGCGAAGUACGACAGGUUUCCAUCCCUCUAUCCUUGCAGCGAGGGCUGCCCUGGGCUGGACACCAGCAUUGCUGUGGCCGCGAGCCGGUACCCGCUGCUGUCUGCAGAGCACAGCUGCCCCCACGCCACAGCCGCGGCCACACUGGGCACCCUCAGCACACACGGUUCUGACCUGGUGCAGCUGCCGCAGGCACGUGCUGCCCCGAAAGUCAGCGGGGCCAAACCCCAAGGAGGCAGGCGGUGGGCACUGCACCCACCUCGAGGGGAAGGGGCGAGCAGCCACGCGCUGACGGUCACGCCCGGGUAUAUAAGGGCUGCUCCUGCCAGCUGUGCCACAGGCAGCUCCACCACCACAUCAAAGGGCUCAGGUUUGCCUGGUACUGGUCUUCUCGGCAGUGAAGGUCUCAUCAGUGGCAAAGGUGGAUUGCUUGGCACAGGCCUUCUUGGUGAAGGUGGGCUACUUGGUACUGGCCUCCUUGGAAGAGAAAGCCGGGGUCCCACUGAUACACAAACAGAAUCCAGUAAAUCUGGGGUCCUUGGCACAGGUCUCCUAGGAGGACAGCCUGGCAGCAGUGGUCUGCUCGGCACAGGCAUCCUUGGCGGGGAAGGCCUUGGCAAUGGUCUUCUUGGCAAAGGUGUCCUUGGCAGCAACCUCCUUGGCAAUGGUGUCCUCGACAAUAGCCUCCUCGGCAAUAAUAGUCUUCUUGGAGACAAAGGUCUACUUGGCACAGGGCUGCUUGGAAAUGGAGGUCUCCUGAGCAAUGGAAGUCUACUUGGUCUCAGCGGUCUUCUGAGUGAAGGAGGACUGCUGGGUGGAGAAGGAUUGCUGGGUGGAGGAGGACUGCUGAGUGGAGGAGGACUACUGGGUGAAGGAGGACUGCUGGGUGGAGGAGUCCCUCUCAAGCCAACAGGCUUCACCUGGCUGAAAGUGCUGAACCUUGAGAACAUCCGAGUCUCCUGGAAGAUCAUUCGUGGGGGAGAACUUGUGCUGAACCUGUACUCGAAGCUGGUGCUGCGUUUGCCAGGGAUUUUUCACUUCCUGAGUGGAUCCUCAGUAGAAACGAACAUCACGUCACAUAUUGCACUCACCCAGAACACCCCUGGGGACCUCAAGUUAGAGAUUAAGGACUGCAGUAACUUGCUCGGCGGUUUUGGCGUCAACCUGCCUAAGGGCUUCCUCACGAACCUGGUGAGCCGGUCACUGAACGCUUCCCUGCGGUCUCUCGUACCUUCGCUGCUUUGCCCACUGGUGAAUAUUUGGGUCAGCAUCAUCAAUAUUAAGCUACAAUUCAUCAACUGUGUCGUCUCCUUUGGGCUCCUGGGGAAAAUCCACUCUGCCCUCACCCAUUUGCCGGUGACAUCGGGGCAGUUCAUGGAGCUGGAUCUGCAGAAUUCCCCGUUCCCAAGUGCCUUCAUUGACUGGCUCCUGCAGACCACAGGCGUCAAUCCUGGGACCGUUCCAUAGUCGCAGGCCGGCAGCGCCAUGGGGUGCCCCCGUGGGUGAGUCCCAUGUUCCACCCAGAGGAGGAGGAGGGAAGGGAGGAAGAUGACUCAACACACAGAGAAUAGAUAUGAAAAAUGGAGAAAUCCAACAAAGAUAAUACACUUCUACAUUAAAUGUUUCCUUUGCAUUACAGUUCAGCCUUAUCAGACUUCGGUGUGUCUGUCCAGCCCUGGAUUAGCCGUGCUGAUUGUUAGCUGUGCUGAUCCUGAGCUGUGCUGAUACUUAGCUUGGCUGAUGAAUAGCUGCGCUGAUGGCUAGCCGUGCUGACGCUUGUCUGCGCCACUAAUUGUCUGUGCCGCUAAUUAGCUGUGCCAACGAUUAGCCAUGCCAAUGGUUAUCUGUGCCACUGCUGGCAGGAGAGCCAGAGGAAGGAGCCCCGAGUCCAGCCCUGCCAUCUGUCAUGGCCACAAGCCACUCAUUGCAGCAAUCGCUGCCAAAGUGCUGCCUGGACCCUCCAGCCCUUCCCCAUCCACACCCAAGUCCCACCUGCCCUGGGCUGUGGUUUGGGCUUGGUGAUUGCUCGGCACAGAAGUUUCUGUGGUGUUGGACCAAAAUGCCAAUGAAAUGCAAAUGCUUUGUCUUUGCUCUCCUUCUUCUUCUUGAUUAGCCUGCUAUUUCAAAAGGAAAUUUUGCUGUUUCCAUUGAUUUCAUACUGUUACAAAGAAGGCAAAAAGGCCUGCG